CAGACAGCAUCAGGUCAGACUGGUGCCCUAGAACACACCAUAGAUAUGGGGACACACGUGGACUAGUAGUGAUUGUGAAAUGACCAAACGUGCGCUAGCUCUAAGCAGCACCGUACCGGAAGGUAGAUCGUCCAUCCUCAUACUAUACAGAUCGGAGGUCCAGCAUCUAACGUGACGCGGCGGUAGCUCAGACUUUCACAAUUACAUAAACGCUCCAGCGGCUGUAGCUCUCCCAAUAACAAAUAGUACUAAAGUUAAACUGUGCCUUUUCACCACCAUGGCUUCAACAACAACUAAAGAAACAGAGAAGCACUGCGUCCUAUGCUGCCAAGAAGUCACUAUCUUCGCCUUGGGAAAAUGCGACCACCCAGUUUGUUACCGCUGCUCCACCAAAAUGAGGGUGCUGUGCGACCAGAAGUACUGCGCCGUCUGCCGGGAGGAGCUCGACAAGGUGGUGUUCGUCAAAAAACUGGAGGCCUUCUCGUCUCUGCCCUACCAGCAGUUCCCCUGUGAGAAGAAGCACAAUAUCUAUUUCUGUGAUGAGAAGAUAUUUGCCCAGUAUAGGCAUCUGCUGUUGCCAGAGUGCCUCCGCUGUUCAGAGCCGAAGGUCUUCUCCAAGUUUGAGGAGCUUGAGCAGCACAUGAGGAAGCGGCAUGAGCUCUUCUGUUGCAAGCUCUGCACAAAGCAUCUCAAGAUCUUCUCCCAUGAGCGUAAAUGGUACAACCGUAAGGAACUGGCACGUCACAGAUUACAUGGAGACCCAGACGACACCAGCCACAGAGGACACCCGCUCUGCAAGUUCUGCGAUGACCGUUACCUUGAUAAUGAUGAGCUGCUUAAACACUUGCGCAGGGACCACUACUUCUGCCAUUUCUGUGAUGCAGACGGUUCCCAGGAAUACUACAGUGAUUACCCAUACCUGAGCGAGCACUUCAGAGAGAGUCACUAUCUGUGUGAGGAGGGCCGCUGUGCCACAGAACAGUUCACCCAUGCAUUCCGCUCUGAGAUUGACUACAAGGCCCACAAGGCUGCAGCACACAGCAAGAACCGAGCAGAGGCUCGUCAGAACCGCCACAUUGACCUGCAGUUUAACUACGCCCCGAGACAACAGAGGAGAAAUGAAGGUACGGUGACAGGUGAGGACUAUGAGGAGAUGCGUCAGACUCGAGGAGGAAGAGGAAGGCCUCAUGGGGGACAGAAAAGCUGGAGAUACUCCCGAGAUGAAGAGGACAGGGAGGUGGCAGCGGCUAUGAGGGCAUCCAUGGCAAAGCAUAGACAGGAGGAGAGAGGAGCGAUGCAGGAGAGAGGAGCGAUGCAGGAGAGAGGAGCCAUGCAGGAGAGAGGAGCGAUGCAGGAGAGAGGAGCCAUGCAGGAGAGAGGAGCCAUGCAGGAGAGAGGAGCCAUGCAGGAGAGAGGAGCCAUGCAGGAGAGAGGAGCCAUGCAGGAGAGAGGAGCCAUGCAGGAGAGAGGAGCCAUGCAGGAGAGAGGAGCCAUGCAGGAGAGAGGAGCCAUGCAGGAGAGAGGAGCCAUGCAGGAGAGAGGAGCCAUGCAGGAGAGGAUGGCUCCCAAACACUGCAGAGAGGAGAGGACGGAGAGAACAGAGCCAGAAGAGCCCAGACACAGGACCGGACACAUCAAACCAAUAAGCAAACCUCCAGUAAGAACAAUGAAGACUGCUAAUCUCGGCGAUGAAGAAGAUGACUUCCCAGCUUUAGGAGGCAGAGCUGCUCCAGCCAUCGUAAAGCCAUGUCAUGCGACGCAAACAGCAGCCCAUGCAGCUCUGAAGGAAGACGACUUCCCUAGCCUCUCGGCUGUCUCUGUUGCAUCCCCUAUGACCCCAGCUUACGCUGCCCAGCCUAAGAAGAAUUCCUCUUUCCAGGAGGAGGAUUUUCCGGCGCUCGUGUCCAAAAUCCGGCCCCUCAAACACGCAGCUGGCACCAAGUCUGCUUGGUCCAACCAUACUGCUGUAACUAAACCCAACUCUCAACCCCCACUGUCCUCUAGACCUCCUCCUCCUCCUCUCUCGACUGCAUCUUCUGGCCCUCAGCUCCUCUCCUCAAACUCUUCAUCUUCACGGAGGAAAAAGAAGGUAGGCGAGAACGGAAAACCAGCAUCUACCCGGUCUCCUCCUUCAUCCGAUGAUGAUAACAACGGAGGAGUGACUCAGCAAGAGUUCCGCUCAGUGCCCACCAUGAUGGAUAUCUCCUCUUUGCUCACUGUUAAAGGAGGCAAGAGCAAACCCUCCGCUGUGACCACCAACCCUCCAAAUCCAACCCCCAACACUCCUCCUACCUCCAAAGCCAGCAAGAAGAAAAAAACGCAGAAGAACAUGGCUGAUCCCUCUACGUCAGUGUCUUCGAUCUCUGGGACGACACAAACUGUAGUUGCAAACUCGGUGGAAACGGCGGCGCAAAAGGAGAACGUCCCUGAGAAAAGUUGGAGCAAACCCCCCUCCAGUGCUGCGACAGCACCACUGAUGAGUGGAUUGGCUAAUGGCCACCCUGAGAAAUCACCACCCAUUAGUAAGGAGGCAGUUGCAAUAACCCUCCAUCCCAAGCCAGAUCCCCCUCUUGAUCAGGAGGAAGAGUUCCCUGCUCUCAUGACCAAGAACCCACCACCAGGCUUCAAGUCCUCCUUCCCGCUGAAGGCCUCAGCUCCUACCCCAUCCCCAGCUUUGCCCCCACCUCCACCUGGCCUGGGUAUCUCAGCCACUAAACCUCCCCCGGGAUUCACUGGGAUCCCCCUCAACAGCAAUGUGGUGGAGCCCGCUCCGUCUGCAGUCAACCCGCCCCCCAAGGUGUCAGGCAGUGGUUACCUGGUGCCAGAGGACUUCCAUCAGAGGAACCUGGAGCUAAUCCAGUCUAUUAGAAAGUACCUCCACAACGAUGAGUCAAAGUUCAACCAGUUCAAAAACUUCUCUGCACAGUUCAGACAGAGUGUAAUAUCAGCAGUCCAGUACCACAGCAGCUGUAAGGACCUGCUCGGAGAUGACUUCAACCGCAUCUUCAACGAGCUGCUGGUGCUCUUGCCAGACACUGGCAAGCAGCAGGAGCUCCUGACUGCCCAGGCAGACUGUAAGGCGCUGGAGAAGCAGUCAGGCACCGGAGGAGGAAAGAAGAACAAGAACAAGAAGAACGCCUGGCAGAUGCCGACCGCAAUGGCUAACGCGGCAGCUGAGCUGGACUGCCAGGUGUGCCCCACUUGCAGACAGGUACUGGCCCCUAAAGACUUCAACUCCCACAGAACCCUGCACACUGGGGAGAAUGAGGAGUUCCCUUCCUUGCAGUCGAUUAGCCGUAUCAUCAGCUAGCCCCUCGUUUUCCGUUUGCCAUCGCGGGUCAGGUUUUCAGUUGCCCAUGCCGCAGCCAGUGUGGAAAACAGCAGCCUGUUUGUUGGGGACCACGUCCCAGUGGAGUUCGGGGCUUAUAACUCAUAAGAAAUUGGAAUUUAAGAUGGUUUAUGGCGUUACUACUUUCUAAGGGGAUCAUGUUGAUAGGUUUAUGUGAAUGGUUUCACAGUUUAAACAGUCCCAUCUCAGCUCUUAUUUCCACUUGCAUCCCUCGAGGACGUCUCCAGCUGGCACUGGCACCGGCCACGUCUAACUACAACUGUUGAUUUAUUUAAUGAAAGAGGAGAGACAAGCUAAGGCCUUACUUGAAUGCUUUGCUUCCUUAUACAAAAAUUGUAUUGAUUUACAUUUUUUACCUUGCUUUGUGUUUUCACUUAGACCGAAGAUGACAAAAUGUAUUUUGUUGACCUCAAAGUUGAUAAAGUAUGUAUGAUUUCGCCAGCGGGACUGCUUGGUUAAAAAACAAAAUAAACACAUGUUCAGUUUAACUAUUUAGCACCAUAUUUAUUUAAGUGUAGCUGUUUAAUUGCUUUUAAUUGUUUGUUGCUUCAUGCAGAAGAAGGCCUGUAGAGUGUUUUGAGUGAAUGGAUGGUUAGCGUUGUGUAGGAGGGUAAGUGACAGGAAAAAAAGCUGCUUCAUAAAUCGGAACAAAUUUAGGUUGACGGUUUGAGUGUUUUUUAAUUUAUACCAUUUACCAUUAUUCUGUUCACAUCACUCACUCGCCAUUAGAUGUGGUUAAUCAGCUGAUUGAUGGACUGGCUUGGUUGCACAAGGUUUGAAAUGGAAACUAAAACAGUGAAAGUGUGAAUUGCGUAUUUUCGCAGUUGCAUGUUCAAAUAAUCCAUGUAGUUUUAAAGCAUCAGUAGUAAAAUGAGACAGCAACUCUUUCUAUUUGUCUCCAAGGUUUUAUUAAGGUAUACAUUUUGUUAUAAUGAAUAAUAAUGAAGAAAUUCCUAGUGUAAUCAUAAUGCUUGCAACACAAAAAAAGCAUUGUCAUUCCCCUACUCGCUCUCCACUCUGCCUCCGUCUAAUUCCAGCCGUGACACACUGGGCAUGUUUAGAGGGGGACUGGUUACAUCCAGUACACAAUAUGUUCAUCUUCUCUCUCAGGACCCUUCGCCUGCUCCGCUGCCCACCUGGUGUGUGUCUGUCCUCUGUGCGUAUGUGUGUGUUUGUCUGAAUGAGUGUGUGUGUGUGUAUAUAGAGUUUGUGAACAUCAUACAGCAGCUAACUAUUUUCUGUCUGGCUUCAAUAAAGCUGUUUCUGUCA